GUUUGAAAAUAUGUAGUUUUCCGAAAAAAACGUAUGUUUUCCGACCUUUUCCGACAUACGCACUCAUACGCCUCUCUUCAUCUCCAAUAUGUCGUUCUACCUGGAGACCGUGCUUAGCCGUGAUACUGUAUUGAUGCACUUACACAAACUUCGGACUUGAUCUGAUUACGGACCUAGUUGCCUCUUUAAGAAUUCAUCUUCUGCGGCGUGCAUAAAUCGAAGACAGACCAUGGGUUUUCUACAUAUACCCCCUUCCUCAAAUGAUUACUUUCUUCCUUUUCCAUUCUUCGCCGGGUGAUAGUAAGGGGAUAGGGUCUUCGCCGACGCUGGAGGGAGACGGUUGCAAUAGCAAUAGCGAUUCUACUGGAUCGGCUUUGGACUACCCCCACCUGUACCGUCCCUCUAGGAAUCCAUCUAUGUCCAUUUCAAUAUCCACUUCCAGAAUGAUUCCGUCGCUUCCCGAAGACGUCUUGUUCAUGAUCUUCCAGCACCUUUCGUUGCAGGAUGUUCUUUCGAUCAGAAGAGUCUGCCGAAGUUUCAAAGAUAUUACCCACUCGCGCGGACUCUGGGUUUUAAUCCUGCGUAAGGAGGUAUGGGAUCGCGAUGUUCCAACGCCACGAUUCAGUUUGGACCAUCUAUCUUCCGCCCAAAUUGAGACGCUGGUUGCUAGCUCGCUGCAUUUGCAUCUUAACUGGACAUCGAAAUCACCAAAAGUCAUACGCAGGCGCCAUGUCACAGUUGCUAUGCCUCGCGCGCGCAUCACCUCACUUCAUUUCAUUACUCUUGGAGGAUGCUCCUGUUUACUUUCCUUCUCUCUGAAGAGCAGGGUAGAGCCUCGAACAUUGACCAUUGAAUGCUGGGAUCUGAGCUCGUUGAGGUGUAAAGCUCGAAGAACAGUGCAAUGGUUUGGAGGUUACGCGGUCAACUCGGAUCCUGAAAGCACUGGAAUAAUAGCAAUAAAAACACCUUACGUCGAGAUAUUGGCCUUCGACCCUUCUGCAUCGAGUGCAGAUUUAGCAUUCAUCCCGCUUAUUACUUUAAAUACGGCGGCCAAAAGUAUCUUGUUUUUCAGUGGGACUACAGUAAUCUUCCGCGCCCCGAAUGAUGAACUCAAAAUUUUGGAUAUUAUACGACCAUUUUACGAAAUUAAACUUGAAGACCGACAACCAUUUGUACCUCCCAACCAGCCUGACAGUUUCGAAGCGGUCCUUAAUGAUGAAUACGCCAUAAUCUUGAGACCGAAAACCCUCGCACUAUAUUCACUGCGAGCUUUCAGGCGCGGAUCACAUCCUCCCUCGGCAUCCCUCUCUCCUAGUCAGGUACAUGAAUUUCAGUGGAGGAUCGAUAGUUGUGUCAUGCAACGUCAAAUAUCCCCUUCUGCCCCAUAUUUAUCCAACGACUCCAAGCCUAGUAGUCUCAAUAUCCUAAUACGAUACUCCAGUCUCUUCCCGUGGCCGGUGAAUCUAUUGCACCAUUACAUCCUUUACCCCAAUGAUUCGUACAUCUCGUCAGCGACCAAUAAACAUUCGUCAACCACAGCAGGUUUUGCAAUCACCUCGAACAACCUACCGUACAAGUUCCCCCCGGUGUUAUCGCAGACCAUAGUUUCUCCUGUUCGUUUGUUUGCUAUCACGGACAUGGCGCUGGGACCCUAUGGGACAGCUGUCUGGUUCGACAGCCAUACUGAUUACGAUGGAGAAGUAGGACAGAGGUUAGCCGGACUCAUGCUAGAAUUUUCAAAACAUAGAGAUGAAACCGGAAGCAAUAAUAUCACCGCUGCAGAUCAGGUGUCGACGACGCCUUCGAUGGUAUUUGGAGCUCACGAGACGGAUGAUUGGAACCGGCUUGCUAUUGAUGAAGGCGAAGGGCGCAUAGCAGUGGGUUCAACGACGGGGGAAAUCAUCAUUGAAGACUAUGCUGAAAGACAGUGAUAGAUCUUUCCCACUCGCUGUUAUGAUUCGAAAUGGUUAUGUCAGUGUAAAAGGAAUGAAUUUUAUAGGUAGAGAAAGGAAAUGAAAUUGAAAACGAGA